CCGACAUGGCUACGCCUACGAUCGUUCUCUGGGCCACGCAGAACUUUUUGCUGUUGUUCGCCAUUGUUUUUAUCGCUGCAUUCGUAUGGCACUACCUAAGGAGACCGCGCAACCUUCCGCCUGGGCCACGAGGACUUCCGCUUGUCGGGUCAGCUCUUUCACUAGGAGCCCGGCCAGACGUUACGCUAAAAGAUUGGUCAACGACCUACGGGCCGGUGAUGAGUCUGUAUCUGGGACCACAGUUAUUCGUGAUACUAAGCGAUUUCGAUUCGGUUCGGGAUGCGUUUCUCAAGGAAGGCGAAUCAUUCUCGGGGAGGCCCACCUAUCCAUAUUUUGAACUUCUAUCGGCAGCCGUCGUAGGGAAAGACAUACGCAAUCUAUAUCACGGUCUUAUUCAAUCAGACGGGAAACCGUGGAAAGAGCAGCGGAAAUUUGCAAUGAGCAAACUGCGAGAAUUCGGCAUGGGUAAAGUCAGCCUGGAAGGCAAAAUCAAAGAGGAAAUCUCCGCUCUUUUAGCUGAGUUAAAAUCUCAUGAUGGCAAGGAAUUUGACAGCAAGACACUUCUGACUACAAGCGUCUGCAACGUCAUCUGCAGUAUUAUGUUCGGCAGCCGAUUCGAAUACGACGACGCAGAGUUCAAGACGCUCGUUCACGUCAUGGACGCAGAGUUCGAAAACUACGCUGUCCAGGGGGCGCUGAACUUCUUCCCGUGGUUGCGCCACUUUCCGCCGUUUAGAAGACAGUUCCACGAGAUGAUCACUAAUGAAAGGAUCAUAUUUGGUCUGCUUCAACAAAAGAUCGAACAGCAUGUAGGGGCAUUUGAUUCAAAUAACCUACGCGAUUUCACCGACACUUAUCUGGCCGAGAUCAAACAAGAGGCCAAACGAGGAGCGAGUCGCUGUUUUUUUACAGACGAGGAGCUUCUUUUCAUUCUGACCGACCUUUUCAUGGCUGGGACGGAGACGACGUCUACCACUCUACGAUGGGGACUCUUAUUCAUGCUAAAAUAUCCAAUGGUCUGUAAAAAAGUUCAGUCGGAAAUCGAUGACGUCAUCGGCAGAGGCAGACUACCGACGAUGGCCGACAAGAAUAAGAUGCCAUUUACGGAGGCGACCAUCAUGGAAAUCCAACGUCUGGGCGACAUCGUACCGCUUGGAAUUCCCCAUUCUACGCCGGAGGAAGUUGUGUUUAGAGGUUAUACGAUACCGGCGCAUGCUCACGUUAUAUCUAACCUCACAGCCGUCAUGACGGACCCCACCUACUUCCCACAUCCCGGCAGGUUCACCCCAGAGCGGUUCCUCGACGAAAAUGGAAGCGUUAUCAAGAACGACGCACUUAUUCCAUUCUCCAUUGGACGACGAGUAUGCUUGGGGGAAGCACUGGCUCGGAUGGAGCUCUUUCUCUUCUUCGUCAGCAUCCUACAGAAUUUCGAUGUCAACCUACCAGAGGGCAUGUCAGAGCCAUGCAUGGAAGGCAUCUUCGGCAUAACGUAUAUGCCAAAAAUUAACACGAUUCGUCUCGUCCAACGAGAAUAAUGAUAGCAAAUAUAGAAUAUAACGUCACAGCACGAAAACCACGAAAAAUAAGGUAGAUUUUGA